AUGAACCAACGGCCCACUGAAAAGACUCCAACAUUGAGCACUAAUGCAAGCAUCCACCGCCUGGCAACGCGCUCUAAGUCAGACCUCUUUACAAAUAAGAACUCCACUAUAACAGACUGGCUGAGUACCUUCAACCACAGCAUUGAUACGUCUGACAAAGCCUUGAUAUUCCUAUGUAAUAAUGAACUCGCGACUGCGGGUAAGGCUGCAGAAUUGAAGACACUAACACGGGCUCUCGUCCGCCUUGCUAAGGCCCGCACCUCUGACACCAAGCUAAUGCAGACUCUAGUCUCCCUUGCAUGGUACACGGAGCUAAUAGUUCAGGAAGACAGUACAGUCAAGGCGAUGACAAGCAUAUGUGCCCGCCUUGAACAAUAUGAGGGAAAAAUAGAAAAAAUCACCAAAACAGCUACAGAGGCCUGCGAGCAAGCUAAACAAGGAACUGACAACCUAUCCAACCUUGCACAACAACUGGGAGAGGACGUGGUCAACAUUAGGGACACUCACCAGUCCCUCUGCACCAUCUCUGACAACCUCCAUGGCAUGGCCACUGAUGCAGGACAGUCUAUGAGGAAAGUCACUAAGUCCUUCGCUGAAGCACACAAACCGGAGGCCGCCCCACAGCAACCAGCCAAAGCCUCCCGCUGA